AACACACACUGACACUCUCUUCUUCCUACCAACUAGGACUUUAGGGUUCGUGCCCUCUAGAUUUUCCCAAAUCUAAUAUCUAUACCCUCCACGAAGUCACAGUUUUACCUAAAUUUCUCUUCAAUGGCGACGGAGCUAGUUAUCAGCACAGACGGAGUCCGGAAGUUCUUCGAUGACCUAGAAGCCCAAAAGACUAUUCUGUCCUCCUGCACCCAGCUAUUCACAACCCUGUCCAAUCGCUUCACCUCCCUCAAAGAUUCCCUAUCCCUGAAAUCCCAGUCCUUGGAAUCCAAAAUCCAAGCCCUGGAAUCCACUUCUCGGGAAACGCUCGAAUCCCUCUCCCACCGCGAGGAUUCAAUUCUCGAGCGCGAGUCCUCGGCAGCCGCCCGCGUUGAGGAGCAGCGGGAGGCCGCCCUGGCAGAAUUCGAUAAAACCGUUUCCGGGACCGCUGAGUUGUCCGAAACCCUGAAAUCCCUUUCCCGGAAAAUGGAUUCCUCGGGGCUGUUGAGGUUCAUUGUGUCGAAGAGGAAAGAGUCGGUGUCGUUGCGGGCGGAGAUUUCGAAGGCGAUAGCUGAGGCAGUGGACCCACCGACGCUGGUUUUGGAUGCCAUGGAAGAGUUUCUGGGUAAGAAAUCGGCGGAUAGGCGAUGGGCUUGUGGAAUGCUGGUUCAGGCGCUGUUUCCGGACAGUUUUUGGAAGGGGAAAAAGAAUAACGGCCCGGAGUUUUCGAGCAGUGUGGUGGAGAGGGUGGCGGGGAUUUUGGAGCUGUGGAAGGGACAAAUGGACGAAGAAGGUGGGGCAUUGGGCGCGGCCGAGGCUGUCAUGCUUUUGCAAAUGAUUGUUGGUUUCGGGUUGAGGUCGACUUUCGAUGAGGAGUAUUUGAAAAAGCUGGUGGUGGAGUUUGCCGCCAGGAGGGAUAUGGCAAAGCUCGCGGCUGCGUUAGGAUUUGGAGAGAAAUUGGGAGAGAUUAUUGAUGAACUGGUGAAGAGUGGUAAAGAGAUAGAGGCUGUGUAUUUUGCUUAUGAGGCUGGUUUGACUGAAAGAUUUCCUCCGGUUUCUCUGAUCAAGUUGCACCUCAAGAACUCCAAAAAGAAUGCUAGCACCAUAUUGAAGAAUGGCAAUAAUAGCAUGGCUGCAACAGAGGAGUCGAGCACUCUGGAGUUGAAUUCCAUUAGAGCAAUCAUCAAAUGUGUUGAAGACCACAAGCUUGAAUCAGAGUUUUCCCUCGAUAGCUUGAGGAAGCGGGUUACUCAUCUGGAGAAAGCCAAGGCAGAACGGAAGAAGAGUUCGUCAGCAGCUGGUAAGCCACAAAAUAAGCGAGCUUAUGGUGCCAGUGGUGGCCGGGGCAGCGGACCACCUUCUUUCCGUCCAUCCAAAGCAGCCAAAUUUAGUAAUACCUACCCUUCCUCCUUCAGCCGGAGGAACCAAGCUCCUCCUGCACAAAGCCCAACUGCAAGAUAUACUGGACCAUAUAACUAUCCUAGCCAUAGUGUGUACGAGGGUCCCAGUGCAACCCCUUAUGCUUCCAGCUACGGUGUGCCCCACAGUCAAAGUCCUGCAAUUCCCAGACAACAACACUACUCACUUCCUGUUGACAGCAUAAGCGCUGCUGGGUAUCGGGCUGGUGGUUCUUAUGGAGCCCAGACUAGCUAUGGUGGUUAUGAUUACAGUAAUGCUGCCCCACCCUCUUACCAACCUUCAUCAUAUACACAAUAAUUCAGAAGCAGGAAUAGCUAGAUGUUAGAGAUUGUUUUUUUUUGUUUGUUAGUUGCAGAGGGGCUCCUCGUUUGAGAAUGCUGUUUUAUCUUCUUUUGUUUCCUUUGUUUUUGGCUGCCCUCCUUGGUGGUUUGACCGGGAAUAACUCAAGGCUCCCCAUGGAUUAUAUACCUUAAAUGAAGUAAAGGUGGAUUUGAUUA